AUGGUAGUCUCAAAAUUCUCUCUCACUUUAAUCCUUUCCGUUCUCUCAAUCUACGCCGUCGGCGGCGCCCACAUCCACGUGGAUACGGCGGCGCCGUCGCCUUCCUUCUCCUCCACCGGGGACUGCACGUUCCUGUUUAUCAACAUGGCCGAUUGCUUGUCGUUUGUGUCGAGCGGGAGCCAGGUUGCAAAGCCAGAAGGAAACUGCUGUUCUGGCUUGAAAACUGUGCUCGAUACAAACGGCGAGUGCUUGUGUGAGGCUUUUAAAACAAGUGCUUCUCUCGGCGUUCCGUUGAAUCUCACUAAGGCUUUCACUUUGCCGGCCCUCUGCAAAAUCUCCGCUUCUUCUGUCCCUAAAUGCGCUUUAUCUCUUACACCUGCUGGUGCGCCAGGUGUGCAACCAUCGACAUUCGCAGGUGCGCCAAAGACGGUCUCAGGAGGAGGAAGAGCAGUGCUACCGCCACCGGCUUCUAGUGGAUCAGGCUGGCCAUUGCUUUCUGUUUCAAUGGGAUCUCUUGUUAUAGGUUUCAUAGUUAUGUUAUUCACAGGGUAUUAA